AUGCCAAUCGAUCAUACUUCCCUCCCCGUUCCCUUUAGCAAAGUCGAUGAUGAAGUCAACUUCAUCCUUGCUGCAUUCAAACAUGUGGGUGUCAAAGAAUUCAUAAGAUACCCCGGCGUCGUCGGCCUAGGCGACGAUACUGCCUAUUUGUGGAUAAGUGGUAUCGACGAGGCACGCCAACCCAUCCCCGACGAUGUCAAGUUGUUGAGAACACACCUUGCGCUCGCCGUCAAAGGUAAAAAGACCCCGAAGUUGUGUUCAGCUGGAUCUUCACUUUUGAGAACCUUGUUCCCCCAGGUCACGUCCGCUGACGAAUACCCGCAGACCGAGCACAAGUCGACGCAUUCCAUGUCGCUGCCCUAA